AAUAGUAUUGAGUUGACCGAGUUGACACCCACCGAUUUCGAGGUCUACAUCGGUCUAUUGGGGCUAUUGUACAUAUAUUAGGUUGUCAGUUCACGAGAAGGGGAUAAUAAUUAGCGUAAUUAGUGUUUAAGUCGUUUAAGUAAACUGAAGUUGGGAAUGUAGGAGCGUAAAUCCAGUACAAUGAAUGAUACAUGUAGGUUUAAUGUUUUGCAAUGGGUAAUUCCAGAUAAUUUGAAGCAUUUAUCUCCUCAUGGUAUGAAGGUUUUAAAAUUCGAAAAGAGAGAUGUGAUAAUUGUGUGGUUUAAAAGUAGCAUCUUGAUUUAUGACAGUAUUAACCUUUGUGAACUGCAGAAAGGGGAUAAUUCACGAGGCAACACCAUUGUACUGUCUGUUGAAGGCACCAUCGUGAAUAUCUUGCAGCUUGGAGAUGUGGUUGGGGUGUUUAAUGGUCGCGCUCUCUAUCUACUUGUCAAGUCACAAGACACGUCUUCAGUGUCAGCAUUAAGCCAUGGAGUUGAUGUUAUUCAUAAGGGGUCAGUGUCAUUAAAGAUGCACAUCAGGAUGCACCAAGAGGUUUUGGCUAUGUGCACAUUUUUAAUGGGGUUUGUCCUUGUUAAGAAGAAACAUGAGAAGCUCUUUAUUGAUGUGUACAAGUGUGGCUCAAGAAUGAUUCCAGCAGAAAAGAGAUAUUCAGUUCAGCUUCCACAGUCUUCAUAUGGUGUUAUUUCUUGCACACUAACAUCUGUGAGAUGCAGUGAUUUGGAUCCGGUGCUAGCAAGUUUACUCCUUGAAGACCUGGCAUUGGUCUGGUCACAGAUAAUUUUUGUUGGUUUGGAUUGUGGUCAGGUGUACUGUGUUCCAGUAGUGACAGAAAGUAGAUCUGCUUCCGUGGCUGGAUCUAAAAUCGUAUAUAGCACUACACAGUCCAUUGCAGGAAUUGUGUUUCUCAGAGACCCAGUGACAUGUCUGUAUUCUCAUGUGGGUGUGGUGCUAUGCAGUGGUCCAGUGGUAUACAUUACAGCCAAUCAGCAGAAGUUAAGUUACCAUAUGGUGUAUCUCCCUGGGUCUGUGGAGGGAUGUUGCACUGUGAAGGAUGGAAUCGUAGCUACAGAUGGUUUGGAUCUCUGGCAUAGCAAACUGACCUGGAGUAGUGAGGGUCAGCCAGUGGUGGAGAACAGGGUGUUGGGGAUAAAGGGAGUUUGUGCCUUGGAUGUGGUUCCCCAUUCAGAUGCCAUACUUGCAGUUACGCUUCAUCUCACAUUGUACUGCAUUCAGCUGGGAACUAAAAUGUCAUCCAGCCAACAAAAAAAUUUUACUAUUCCACCCAGCAUUAUGGCUGACAUGGACAGGAAGAUGCAGUGCCUUACCAGACUCAAACAAGAGAUGGCUAUGGAGGAAAAGAUGUUAGAAGCCAUAAGCAUUAGUAAGAGAGAGAAACUUCUCCAAAAUACUUUCACACUCUCUGUACAGGUUUAUGAUACCCCCAAAGGCAGUGAUGUUGGGAAAUAUGGAUUUGAAAUCCAUUUGAAGAACAAUGAAGAUCAAGAUUACUGUCCAGAAACAUGGUCAUUGUGUGUAUCUAUAACUACAAAUGGGAUGAGUGUUAAUCAGACUAGCAAGCUGGAACAGAGAGUCCGAAAAGGUGUUAGUGUGAAAACAUUUAUUAUGGCCAACAUUCCAGAACCAUUCUGCCCCAUUCACGUGUCUUGUAGGUUGAUUGCCAAGAUUUCGGAAGAGAGCGAAACAAAAGCCACACUUUGGGCAGUGAUUCCUGUUGCAGUAACCACACUAGAUGUAUCUUACUUCUUUUUCCCCUUUUCUCAGUUCACUAAGAAUUCAUUAUCAGAGGACCUAUUGAAGAUAGCCCAUAGUCACAUGGGAGAAAAUAUGAAGAGGCUCGAGUCACAACAGAAUGCAGAGACUAGUCAACAUACAUAUGAGUUUAGGUUGCUCAAAGAAUGGACAGAUCCCAGUGAUAUAUGGGCUGCAAUUAUCAAGAACAGCAGACAUCUUUUUUCUGAGGUAGUGACAGGAAGAGAGCUGCAGUUGUAUGUUGGCUGGCAUUUUAUCAAGCUCCUGCUGAAUGUGGAUUGCAACGUAUUACAGCUAAGAUGUGAAGACAUUAAUUUAUUGCACCAUAUCAAAUGCAGUCUGGUCCAAAUUUUGAAAGAAGAUGGCACCUCCAGGAGACCUGUAUUGAUUAGUCGUACCAUCCUCAGCUUGGCUCAGAAGCUGAAAGCAGAUGUGCAGUUGGAAGGGAGGAAUCUGAAUUUGCUGAGAGAGGAAUGGAGAGAUGCUGUAGCAAGACACUUACCACUCUGAUAAUGAUUCUUUCAGAUAGUGUUGCCAACGUACUAUCAAUUGUCAGCCCAAGGAAUUUCAAGGUAUUCUUAUUAUUAAUUUGGUUAUCACCAUGUUUAAUAUUUAAGUUUAUUAGUGCAUUUGGUUUUGUUAAAAACUGGACACAACUCAUUUUAGUUAAAUUCAAAAUUAGCGAGUUUAUAGAGAAGCAUUUAUUGAUUGAUUCAAGAGUUUCUUUUAAGGCGAUGUCUAGUUCUUUAAGAUUUGACUUGCAGCACAGUAUGCUGGUGUCAUCAGUGAAUAAAAUUGGUUUUGAUUCUUUAUUUAUUAUAUUUGGCAAAUCCUUGUGAGUUGUUUCUGCUGGAAGCUGGUAGUUGAGGCAUGGGGAUAGUUUGGGAACCCAGAGUAAGGGAAACAUCCACUGUUGGAAGCCGCUACAAAGCAACAGCUGCAAAGACACUGCGGACACGUGUGUGGGGGGGGCGCACAUAAUCACGUCUUUAAUCAGAGUUCAAUAAAUCCAGUUACCAAUCCAAAUCCUAUUUAUAGUUAUUCCUUUGAAUAUAAGAUGUGUCUCAAUUUUUCAAUGGGGAAAAACAUAUGUGUCUUAUAUUAUUUAAAGUAAUAUGCAAUAUAGUGUGACGUAUUGCCCUAUGGAGGACAUCCCCUCCCCCGCCAGCGGUGACGUAACAACAUCGAGCGCUCCGCCCCCUCCCCCUCGGUGAUGUGGCAGUGCUUCCCACUGUUGCUAGGCAAUCGGUAAACACGACUAGGCAACAAGGAAGUGAGGCGUUUUCCCAGUGUCCAGCUGAAGGUUUAUAAGAGAACUACACUGCCUAAGGAGUCAGUUAAAAUGUAGCAGCCGCCAAAGACAGUUGGAAUAUAGUGGCAGUCACGGAAAGAAGACCCGAAUGCAUGGUUGGAAGAUUUGAUGUGAUAAUUUGUGAUACUGCUGAGGGCAGUAAUUAGAUUGUAAAUUAUGUGAUUGUGAGCGCGAGUGUUCAAUAAAUUCGCUAUAUCAAAUAAGGCGUGAAGUUAC